AUGCAGUCAACAGCGCACUGGGCUUUUGUGCUGCUGCUGGAACUACGCUCGGUCUCAGAAGUCAUCAAGGACGUCGUGGGCAUCACUCUCAUCCAGUGCGCCUUCCCAAAGUCCCAACCAAUCAUCAACGACCAGGGUUGCUUCAUCGAUUUUCAAGAACAGGGAAACCCAAGCAUGUUCAGCAUACGGUUGGACACGGGUAACGUCUCGAGUAAGACAUUAAUCUCUCUUCUGAAUUCCGGUUUCUCUGGAGGACCUUGGACCAACACCUACGUGGCAGAAAUCAAUUCACUCACGAGCAAGCUGUCCAUCACGGCCAACGGCGAUGCCGCUGUACCCUUUCGGCUCCUCUUCCAAAGUGGUCCCAACGCUUCUGCCAGCCUGGCCAACAUCCUUGGCUUCGCGGGCGAGGAUUCCCCCUUUGCGUUAGUACAGACGGGGCAGCGGCACGUGAACCUUUCAGGGAGCCUCUUCUGCGACAUUUCCAUCGAGGAGCUUCCACGGAACGCCACGAAGCAGGUCAUCUUCCGUCAGGGCGGAAGGAUGGGCUUUCGCAACAUUGUUGCCCGCAUCCCCCUCGAUGUAAACGUUGGGCAGAUCAAGUACCAUGACGUGGAUCAGUGCAACAAGCUCACAAACUACUUUGAGCCAACCAAGUUGGACAGGCUCACAGUCUCUCUCACGAAUGACCAGGGCUUGCCGUACUUGCCUGACGGCUUGGAUCACAGCAUCAUGUUUGAGGUCACUCAACUCGGCAGAACUUGGACGCGAGAACCCAAGAAGAGACAGGGGGUGCAAAGCAGUUCCCUCCCCUCACCUUCCCAGGAAGUGCUGCACGUAACGGCUGAGGGUCCCAGGGACAGAACGCGUGCGCCCAUUGUGGCAGCAGCAGCCUUCUUGGGGUUGGGAGGAGCAGCUUAUUACCUGCUGGGCAAAGAACCAAAGGAAGCGCUCUGA